UCACUGGUUCAGUCCUCGCCAUGGUGAACGAGAAGAAUCCGUAUCGCUCUUUAGUCUCUCACUCUUUGUUUCUCUUUUACAAUCAUUUCUGAACCACUCGAGCUUUACUACCAGCCUUAGAGGUUUAUUGUUUACCAUGCUUCUUCAAUCACAGUUAUAAUUUUCAUCUCAACCUAAACACAACCAAAAACAUAACUUCUUACCACAGGUUCAGGUGAACCGCUUUAGCAGCUGGUUAAAUUGGAUAUGAGACAACAAAAUUCUGAAAAUUUUUAUGGGUGAUAGAUUUUUAUAAUCUGCAACUCACCUCUGUGUUGUGCCGAUUGAAUUCUACUUUUGUGUUGGGAAAAAUGUUUACCUUACAGAGUUUCGUUAUGCCAAACUCGGUCUCCACUCUUCGUGUUUCUUUUUCUGGACCCAUGUUCCCCUUUUUCGGAAAUCGUAGUUACACUCGUAAAUCUCUUAGUUGUGUUGCGGUUUCAAGAAAUUCUGACUCAAAACCUGACCCUGAACCUGGCUCCAAGCCCAGAAGUAAACCGAAAACUAGAAGGAUCAAACGAAAAACAGAACUUUCUGAAGGCAAAGAUGAAAAUCCUGAUGGUGAAAUAAUUUUCCCAACAACUAUCCCAAGAAAGCCAAGGCGGGGUCGUAAGAGUGAAGCGGCUGCGGUUGAAGAAUUUGUGCGUGACUCGCUUGAGCGUACCUUUGCAUCUAUUAGACAGCAGAACUCUGAAGUUUUAGAGAAUAAGGAGAAUGUGCUGAAAGACAGAGUUGUAGAGGAUGUAGAUUUGGAAACCAGUGAUGAUGAAAAUGAUGAUGAUGAUGAUGAUGAUGAAGAGGAAGAGGAGGAGGAAGGUAUUGGUAAAGGGAGAAGGAAAAAGAAGAUGGUGGUCGAGGAAGAUGAUCCAAACUGGCCAUUAGAUGCUGAUGUUGGGUGGGGAAUUAGAGCUUCUGAGUAUUUUGAGCAACAUUCUAUCAAGAAUGUUGUUGGGGAAGAUGGUUUUGAGAUUGAUUGGGAAGGAGAAAUUGAUGAGAGCUGGGUGAAGGAGAUCAACUGUCUGGAGUGGGAGAGCUUUGCUUUCCAUCCAAGCCCGCUGGUCGUUCUUGUUUUCGAGAGAUACAAUAGGGCAACUGAUAACUGGAAAACUUUGAAAGAGCUGGAGAAGGCAAUCAAAGUAUAUUGGAAUGCCAAAGAUCGACUACCUCCUCGGGCAGUCAAGAUAGACAUCAAUAUUGAGAGAGAUUUGGCAUAUGCUAUUAAAGUUAAAGAAUGCCCUCAAAUUUUAUUUUUAUUGGGAAGCAGGAUCAUGUACAGAGAGAAAGAGUUUCGCACAGCAGAUGAGUUGGUCCAAAUGAUUGCACAUUUCUACUACAAAGCAAAGAGGCCUUCAUGGAUCAAUAAGGAAGCUGUAUCUCGUUAUUAGUAUAAAGCUGUUAUCCAAUCUAAACUUUCAAGGAAAAAAAUUAUGUUGUGCUUGUUUUUAGUUGAUCAUUUUCUUCACUUGUUCAGCUUUUCCUGUAUAAUUGUUUUUCUUAUGUAUUGUGAUUGUAGUUCCUUGGCAUGCAUAUAAUAAGUGUGGUUUAAUAAUUAAGAGUAACAUGAUUUGGUAGAUUGAAGCUGUUUGACUAAAGACUUAUUGGGCAGAUCUAGUGUCGCUUAUGCUGUAGAAUCCAAUGUGCUCUAAAACAGUGCUAGAUGGUUGAAUUGAGUUAGGCUCUUUGGCGUCAGUCUUGUUUGGAGGCUACAAUACAAUGUGCAAAACCGAAGGUUAGAGGCGAAAGAAAUAUCCUUAGGACCAAAAGUUAAUGUAUUUUCUUGCAAAAUCAGUUCCACUUAUGAUUUAUGGAUGGUUCUGGAUCUUGAAUUUAAGAUCCAUUAUUAUAUGUAAAUUUGACCAAUUUUGGUUAGAUAAUUGUAAUGUUCAUAUUCCAAUGCAAU